CUUUUUUCAUGAGUUCAUAUGCUCUCAAUAACAGUUCAUAUUUUUAUCACUAGUCUUCAAUUUUAAGAAAGGCUCCAUGCGACAUGAUUGAGCAAAUUUCAGCCACAGAUGAGAUAAGGAGAGGUACUAGAGCUCGCAGACUCCCUAAACAUCUCACUGAAUAUGAUACUGACCUACCGCCCUCUUUGGACUAUUCACAGAUCACAAAUCAAGGCACCUCAGCAAUAUAUCCCAUUUCUAAUUUUAUUACUUAUGAGAAGUUUUCUGAUAAACAUAAAGCAUUUCUGGCAGCCAUCACUUCACGUGAUGAGCCAAAACGAUUUUCACAGGCCAUUUUAGAUCCAAAGUGGCAGGAGGCUAUGCAAAAGGAGAUUCAUGCUUUAGAAGAAAAUGGUACUUGGACCUUGGUUCAGCUACCGCCGGGAAAGAAAGCAGUAGACUCUAAAUGGGUGUAUAAAAUAAAAUAUAAACCUAAUGGUGAUGUGGAACGCUACAAGGCAAGAUUGGUAGCCAAAGGUUUCACACAAGUCGAAGGAAUUGAUUUUCAUGAGACUUUUGCCCCAGUCGCUAAACUCGUAACAGUACGAUGUUUGUUAGCCGUUGCGGCCAAACGUAAUUGGGAGGUGCAUCAAUUAGAUGUCAACAAUGCUUUUCUCCACGGAGAUCUCUCUGAAGACGUUUACAUGCGUAUGCCUCAAGGGUUUACUAAAAAUGGUGACACUCGUGUUUGCAAAUUGCAAAAAUCUCUUUAUGGCUUACGCCAAGCUUCACGUAAUUGGUACCACAAGUUUACUCAAUCACUUCUGAAUGUUGGAUUUCGUCAAUCACGGGCGGACCAUUCCUUGUUCAUUUUCCAGCAAGGUGAAAAUCACACUUUUGCCCUCAUAUAUGUCGAUGAUGUUAUCCUCGCCGGAAAUGAUGUGUCUCAUAUUGGCAGAAUCAAAGGGUACUUGAAUGACCAAUUUAGCAUCAAAGACUUGGGUCCAUUGAAGUAUUUUCUUGGAAUCGAGGUAGCUCGUUCUCCCGAGGGAUUUGUGCUCAGUCAACGUAAAUAUACACUCGACAUCCUAGAAGAUAGUGGUCUCCUAGCCGCCCGACCCAGUCAAUUUCCCAUGGAACAGAAUUUAAAACUUCGUCCUGAUGAUGGUAGUCCACUCAUAGAUGCUUCCGCAUAUCGACGCUUAAUUGGGCGCUUGUUGUAUCUCACCGUCACACGCCCCGACAUUGUCUUCUCCGUCAGCCAGCUUAGCCAAUUUCUCAGCCAGCCACGCCAGUCCCAUUUUGACGCUGCCAUACGUGUCCUGCGCUACUUAAAACAGACUCCGGGACAAGGAAUUUUCCUGUCAGCAGACGAUGAUCACUCUUUGAAGGGAUAUUGUGAUGCUGACUGGGCAGGGUGCUCUUACACCCGUCGCUCAAGUACUGGAUAUUUUAUCACUCUCGGCAGUUCCCCAAUUUCUUGGAGAACAAAGAAACAGUCUGUUGUUUCUCGUUCUUCCGCUGAAGCGGAGUACCGUGCCAUGGCCGUUACAGUUAGUGAGAUUUUGUGGCU